GUAGGAAACCAGUAUCCCCUUUAAGUCCAGGAAUUUCAUACGGUUAAUAAAAUCACUGUACGGUCUGUAGCUAGAAAUGGGCACUACCAGUACAUCACACAGAGAAAAUGUACUGACGCAGAACACAAAAACACAUUCCCAAAAGCUGUCUCUGGUCUCUUUGGAUUAAAGGAAUUUAGAAUAAAACUAAUUUUUCAGCCUGUAAAAAAAGAAAAAAACCCAAAGAUGGUUAUGUAUAGAAAAAAAAAAACAAAGAUGGUUAUGUAUAGAGUCAGCAAAAGAUCUUCUGUUUUCAAAAGGCUAUUCUGUGUCAUUUCAGCGAAUCUUAGGUGAGUAAAGGCUGCAUUGUAAAUCAUUCUUAAACAUAACUUUCCCGGCUCCACGUGUUACAAAACUGUACAUGUAAAAGUUAACCCCAGCCUAUGUUCCUGACCAGCCUCCCCUCCUUUAGGAAGUGUGAUUGCUAUUUACGGAGCUGAGAAGAACGAUGGGAAGUUCAUGGUGGAGGAAUACUGCACAGCCGAGCUGCCCCCGCAGCCCCCCCGGAGAGGCCCACAUGCUGACAGGUUCGUGCUCCUGGCCUCUGGUCUGGGUUUGGGGGGUGGCAAUGCGGACUGCCUCCUGGCUCUGCAGCUGCUGGUGGACAUGGUGACGGGACAGCUGGGGGACGAGGGUGAGCAGAGUGGGGUGGCCCAAAUCUCCAGGGUGCUGCUGGCUGGGAAUCUGCUGAGUCAGAGCACACAGGGCAAGGACUCCGUCAACAAGGCUAAGUACCUGACCAAGAAGACGCAGGCCGGUAGUGUGGAGGCUAUUCGGAUGCUGGACGAGAUUCUGGUGCAGCUGGCGGCCUCUGUUCCAGUGGACCUCAUGCCUGGGGAGUUUGACCCCACUAACUACACCCUGCCCCAGCAGCCUCUACACCAGUGCAUGUUCCCACUAUCCUCUGCAUACCCCACCCUGCAGCUGGUCAGCAACCCAUUCCAGGCAGACAUUGACGGGCUCCGGUUCCUGGGGACGUCGGGACAGAAUGUGAGCGAUAUCUACAAGUACAGCGGGCAGGAGGACUACAUUGAGAUCCUGGAGAGCACCCUGAGACUGAGCCACUUGUCCCCCACUGCUCCAGACACACUGGGCUGCUACCCAUUCUACGAGCGCGACCCGUUCAUUCUGGAGGAGUGUCCUCAUGUCUACUUCUGUGGCAACGCACCGGCCUUCCAGUCCAAACGAGUCACAGGUGCUGAGGGCCAAGAUGUCCUCCUUGUCGCUAUCCCAGAGUUCAGCUCGACACAGACUGCCUGCCUGGUAAACCUGCACAACCUGGAGUGCCAGCCAAUCAGCUUCUCAGCUUUCUCAGCCGAGGCGGAGGAAGAGAGCGAGAUGGAUGUCAGCCACUGAGCACAAGCUUAGCCGCUGAAGAGAGCAGCUCAGCCUGGGGAUGUAAGACCAAGGCCAGGCCCAGUGACUGUUUAAUUGUUGAUUGCAUUACCUUUUUUUUUAUUAUAUUUCUUCUGGAUUGAAAUAUGCACUCCAUUUUUUUACCCUCAAGAAUAAACAAAGGUAUGGCAACCCCUCCCAGUAACUGACCUCUACAGUGAAUACAAGCAGCCCACACUUCCUUUCCCUUAUUGCUAAGAAUAAAAUCCCAUAACGUGUGAAAUAUGAAGUGAGCUCUAAUACAUGUGGAUGAUACUUACUGGAAUUAUUGUAUUAGCUUUAUGUCCUUUCGAAACACCUCUCUUCCACCACUAACAAGGAAGAGUUUCCAUUGCAACCUUAUAACUCUCUCAUGCAGCCACCAUAAGCUGUACCCUUGCAGUUUAUCUAAGAAGCCUUUCUUAAUGGAAACCACUGGUAGAGAUAUAGAUAGCAGUUGGUAUUGUUGUCAUUCCACCCUGCCACCCCCCCAUACCCCAGAAACGUACUCCAAUGACUCUGCACAUUUAUAUAUGCCAGUCCCUGCAUCGUGAACUGGCAUCGUUGGGAAGCAAGUACAUUAUUCCAGUUUAUUAGCAAAGGAUCAGACUCUUGUGUUUAACAAUCACUAUUUUAAGAAGCAUGUUGUGCUUCGACUGGACUUGAACUUGCAUUGACAUGCUUUGAACUCGAAAUUGUGACUGAUAACUACUCUGGGGCCACAAAGACAGACUCUGAUUCAUUUUGAAAGAAGAGCUAUAUACCCUUCCUAUGUCCCUCCUUGAUUUACUGCAUCUGUGUUUGUUUUACUGAAGACGCUUGUAAAUAAACGAAGAUCUUGUCA